GGUGUAAAAUUUUGGCCGCCUAUCAUAUGUUAGUUAGGAUUGGGUGAGUUGUUGACGUCGUCCAUCUCUUAAAGCGCAAGUCGCCGCAAAUGAAAAGAAAUGACGCGGUUUUUUACGGUCAGAAAUUUUCUUUCAUUCACACGAGGAAAAUCCAUCAAUUUGAUUUAAUGAGAGGAUCCUUUCAAUGGCGGUGAUCAAUUAGUGGAGCUCUUCUGGAAUGGCAUCCAUGGCUUCUUCGCUAUUUACUGGCGAGAGAGUCGUCGUUUUAUUCGUCCUUGCACGCAUCGUUUUCUCCACUUCUAUUUCAAUUUUCCCAUUCGAAAGUCUCUCUCUCUCUCUUCUCGCCUGUGCUGCUUUAUUUGUCGAGAUUUCUGUUGAAAAUUCCACUACAGUUAACUUCAAUGUCAGACCAGGUGCGUCAUCAGGUAUACUGCUGGGAACAGUUACCUUGCCCACAGUGGUGUUUUCUAAGCUGAUACAGCUAUCAAGAGGAUUGCGAUUGGCUGAAGUUGCAAUUACUGAAUUUCAGUAUCAGAAAUUACUUUUUUGGACUACAUCUAUCAGCUGUUUCAGUAUACUUCUAUUCCUUGGCCUGGUCACCAGAUAUCCAAGUAGGAAUAGAUUGGAACUGAAGUGUGGCUUUGCUUGUUUGAUGCUGAGUGCACAGCUGUACUUGAUUCUCCCACUUGAUGGUUUUGACCAUGGGAUGCAUUUGGUGUUGAUACUUAUGUGGAUGCUGGGCCAUGGAGUAGCUGCAGUGAAGUUGAUUCAGCACAUUCUCUAUACUUUCCCAUCUUGUGCCUCCAUAGGAGAAGCACUUUUGGUGACGGCUGGUCUAACUACUUAUUUCGGAGACAUGCUUAGGUCUACUCUUUUCAAGGCUAUACAACGCUUUGUAUCAGAGGUUGAUGAGCGAUAUAGAAUUAAAAGAAGUGAGAUUAGCGCCAUUAUUCAGGGCUAUCUGCUAGGACUCCUCUUAUUUCCUUUAUUUUUUAAGUUUUGUGUUCGAAUUACCAGUCUCUUCAGCAACUCAAGCUCUUAUAAUGCGAGGACCUGGAAUGAGAUUGGGCACUCACUUUUAUUCUUCUCGUUACUAACUGUUAUUUCGGCUACAAUCAUUCCACUCUGGCUGCAGUUUGUUCAGGAUUUCAAUUUGCAUCCUUUAUGGUGGGUACUUGAAUUUGUCUUCUCUGAGCCGCUCAAGAGGUUAUCAUUGUGCAUCUACUGGGUGGGUGUAAUUUGUGUCUCAGUGCAUCGGUUUUAUAACAUUUCUAAGAGUAGUAAGGUGGAGCGUAUCCUCCUGCGGAAGUAUUAUCAUCUAAUGGCUGUUUGUAUGUUUGUUCCUGCUCUUGUUCUUCAGCCAAAUUUUCUCAAUCUUUCUUUUGGUGCGGCUUUAGCAGCUUUUUUAGUCCUGGAAAUUAUUCGAGUAUGGAGAAUUUGGCCUAUGGGGAAGAUGAUUCAUCUUUUCAUGAAUGCUUUCACAGACCAUCGUGACUCUGAUCUUCUUAUUGUGAGCCAUUUUUCUCUCUUAUUGGGAUGUGCCUUGCCUAUAUGGAUAUCUUCUGGAUUUAACGAUCGUCCACUUGCUCCAUUUGCUGGUAUUUUGAGCCUUGGAAUUGGAGAUACAAUGGCAUCAAUGGUUGGGCACAAAUAUGGUGUUUUGAGGUGGAGCAAGACCGGAAAGAAAACUAUUGAAGGGACUGCUGCUGGUAUAACAUCUGUCUUGGCAGCAUGCUCGUUUCUCCUCCCACUUCUUGCAUCUACUGGAUACAUACAGAAUUGGAGCUCACUUCUCUUGGCGGUGGUAGCAAGUGGCAUGCUCGAGGCUUAUACAGCUCAACUUGACAAUGCUUUCAUUCCAUUGGUAUUCUAUUCUCUCCUGUGUCUGUAAUUUACAGUAAAUUCGUCAACAGGAACAACUUCUUAGAAUUCUUUUAGACCUUCGACAACACGCCCCGCAGCUUCCUUCUUGUAUAGAAACUAAAAUGUAAGCUAAGUUUUGAUUACUUGUGAAGUUAAAAGGCAGUUACCAUUUUGAUGUUUUGGGAUAUGCAUUCGCCAUCAAACCUCCAGAUAUGCUGGAAAUACUCUGCUCUAGGCAAUUCUGUUGGUACAAGAUGAGCCUUUAAUGUAUCAUGUAUCAUGUAUGUAUAUAAAGUAACAACUUAAAAGUUAAUCCAUUAGUUGUAAAAUUCAUGUAUCA